AUGACCGCUGUCAGAUCAGUUUAUGGAUUUAUACUAACCAAAGCACUUUCCAUUCAUGUUGGAAAUACUUAUUAUGCUAAAGAUGGUACGCUCAUCAAGAAUAUAGCUAAAGUCAUUCCAUACAAUCUUUAUGACGGUCAUACUUUCGAUUAUGACGUUGGCUUGAUAAAGGUGAGCAAGCUGACGUUGAGUUCUACCAACGUGAAGAUAGUGAAAUUACCUUUCAGUGAACGCAAACGUGUCAGAUGGAAUCAAUGCUAUCGUCAUGGGAUGGGAAAAGACGACGACGAGGGUCGCAUUGUUGGAGGCCGACAGACCAGUAUUUAUCAGCACCCCUACCAAGUAUCCAUUCGAUAUAAUGAGCGUCACAUUUGCGGCGGUGCUAUUAUUAGUAAAGAAUGGAUUAUCACAGCUGCUCACUGCGUAAAAGGUUCAUACGCAGGAUUCAUAUCGAUAAAAGCAGGUGUAUCGGAUUUAAACAAAGUAGGUACGGUGCUUCGUGCUAAGAAAAUUUUAAUACAUGGGUUUUAUAAUCCGAGUAAUUCGGAUUAUGAUAUUGCAUUGAUUCGAUUAGAGAAGCCACUUCGUUUCGAUUUCAAUAUACGACCCGUAUUGUUACCAACAAUUGCGGAUCAGUAUGUGGCAGGUAGUAAUGCCGAUGUAACAGGUUGGGGAGUUUUAAGGAAGAAUGGUGUAGUUACUAAUAAAUUACGCGAAGUAAGAGUGCCAAUCGUUUCGAAUUCCUAUUGUUCGUACUUGUAUAAAAGUCGUGCAAUUACUUCAAGGAUGCUGUGUGCCGGUUAUGUAAAUAUUGGUGGAAAAGAUGCUUGUCAGGGUGACAGUGGAGGACCAUUAGUACAACAAGGGAUAUUAAUUGGCAUUGUAUCUUGGGGUUACGGUUGCGCAGAACCGGCAUAUCCUGGUGUUUAUACACGAGUAGCAGCUUUUAGAUCUUGGAUAGCUACAUAUGCUAAGGUAUGA